AUGCCAGGGCGAAAGAAGCUACAGCUUGCUUUGAUAAUAAUAGUCGAUGGUGUCCUCAUUGCUCAUCAACAAACGCCACGCUCUACUCUGAAGUACGUUAGAAUGGUCCAAGACGUUGACGCUUUCUGCUCACACCCUUGGGGUAGAGAGUCUUUUAUCAAGACUAUUGCUUGCAUGAAGCCUCCGAAGUUCGUUCCUUUGAAAUGUGAAGACCCAAUCGGAGUAAUGGUUCAGCUCCUCAAGCAGGAGACAUUGAGGCUUAUAGGAUUCCCCCUUGCACUACAACUCCUUGCAUACCAGGCGGUGCCAAAACUACAGUCAACAAUUUCAAUCCCGUUUGAUUCUCGUACAAUUAUGGACCUAGACGGCCCCAAUCUUCCUUUCCACCCAGCGCCCAGCGCCAUCGAUAUUAUAAGGGUUGAAGCCGACCCUGAUCUUCAGGUCACAUCGCUGAUACCAAUAAAUAGCCAACCACAACCUGGAUGGGGAGUUUGGCCUGACCAUCGCCCCUUCACGAACGACCUUUGGCAUGGUGGAGUCACAUCUGAGCCCUUUAUCACUACUACUACAAAUGAUGAAGAUCAACCCAAAGCUAAGAAGACUAAGCCGGAAGCACCUCCCAAAAAUGCCUACAAGCCAAAACCACUCACCAAAAAAGUUCUCAAAGCAAGGAAGACAUCAAAGAAAAAAGACACGGUCCGUAAGCAGAGACACAUCGGUAGCUACUUUCAUGCCGCGGCUCCAUCCAGCACAUCAGAAGACAAAAUACUGGAGCUCCUCUCUGCAAUUUUAGAUCAAGUCUCCAAGCUUCAAAAGGAGUCAAAGCUGCUUCGCAAAUUGCUUAAGAGCAAGAAGACUACAACUUCUUUAAAGCGCUCUGCCUUCAACACCCUACUCGGAGAAGGAUUGGUAAAGAAAGGCAACACUGCUCUUGCACACAAAGGAUGUCAAACUGAAGCAACAAACGUCAACGUUCCUGUCUCUUCACACGAUGUAUGCCACACGGAGCUAAAAGCUGAUUCCUCUCACCAUACGUUGCAAGCUCCUAUGGAGGAAGAUCACAGCCACUCGCCGGUCGUCAGACAAUACGCGGCACAACUCUACGGCUCAACUUCUCACAGCAAGUCCACAACUGGUAAACCUGUCCACGCUACCUCCGUCCACGCUUCACCCAUCCAUACCUCACCCAUCCAUACCUCACCCAUCCAUGCAUCACCCAUUCAUACCUCACCCAUCCAUAAUUCCCAAACACCUUCAUCCCCCAUCAGUGCUCAACCAACUGACGACAGCGACAUUGUGUCUUUGAGCGACGGCUCUCCAUCUCCACAAACGCCCAAGCACAUUCCAUCAAUGGAAGAAGACCACCUUGCAAAACAACUCUUGUGCUGCAAGACUGUCCCUGCGCCAGACCUGUUAAGCCCACUAUCUCAAAUUGAGUGGGAUAUUUUCAAAAAGAUCAUUCUGAAGUUUAGUGCUGCGUUCCAUAUAACUCCCUCCAAACUCGACUUCUCCAACAACUUCCUAAUCCAACUAGCACAGCCUAUGAAUUGGACAACAACUUACCACAUGGAAAUCCUCAUGCACAUGCUAGAUGCAAAGUAUAGUCGCCUCUUCGAAGAGCAAAAACUUGCCUUCAUUACCCCUCACCUUACUUCUGGAAUCCAGGCAAUAUCCAAGGAUUCCAACAAGUCAAGAAAGAGAGAUACCUUCGCAUGGGACGAGCAGCUGACGGGUCUUGUUCUCCAGCCCGGGAAGAAAUGGAUGGAAGAUGUGUUGACUGUCUACACACCCAUGAUAUGGGGUGAUAAACACUGGGUUGGUCUUGCGAUAAACCUCGACUUGGGCGUUGUUGAAGUCUCAGACCCUCUCCCCACUUUGUACAAGGACAGUACUGCUGGUCGUUUCAUGGCUCCGGUCCUCAAGGCGUUACCUUACCUUGUUAAGAAGGUUGCAAACUACCAGCUCACUCAGUUCCGCGGCCUUGCACCUUUUACAUGGCAUCGUAUCAAAGACCUCUACAUCAACGAAAGGGGAGGCGACUGUGGACCUGUUACUGCCAAAUUCUUGGAAAUGCACGCACACGGGGAUCCAACAAACUUGUUAAGCAUCAUAGACCGCGAUGUUGAUGAUUUCCGUAAACAGUUCGUGCUUGACAUCUACAAGACCAUUGUACUGCCUGCUUACUACUCUCCAGCAUAG